AUGCCGGUGGUCGGGUUGUCAUUUAAUCUGCUGGUCAACUCAAAGGGCGACAACUUCAGCGUGGGUGAAACUGUUACCCUCACCCUCCGUUAUACAGCACCACCAACCAAAGGCAGACCUACAAUCCUAGAAAUUGUUUCAUCUACAGCACACCACCAGCAAGGCAGUUCUACAAUCAGAAGUGUUUCCUCUACACCACCAGCAGGGCAGAUCUACAAUCAGUGUUUCUCUACCAACACCACCAACGGGUCUACAAUCAAGUGUUUCCUCUACACUUUUACCAGCAAGGCAGGUCUACACUCAAGUGUUUCCUCUACAACACCUAGCAAAACAGUUCUGCAAUCAAAAUUGUUUCCAUCUACAGCACCACCAGCAAGGCAGAUCUACACUCAAGUGUUUCUCACUCUACAUCACCACCAACAGAGCAGUUUACCACAAUCAAAGUGUUUCCUCUACGCCACCACCAGCAAAGGCAGAUCUACAAUCAAGUGUUUCCUCUGCAGCUACCAGCAAGAGCAGUCUACACUCAAGUGUUUCCUCUACAACACCACCAGCAAAGGCAGAUCUACAAUCAGAGUGUUUCCUCUACAGCACCACCAGCAAGGCAGAUCUGCACUCCAAAAAUUGACACUCCAUCACCACCAGCAAGGCAGUUCUACAAUCAAGUGUUUUCUGUCUGCAGCCACCACCAGCAAGGCAGACCACAAUCAGUGUUUCAUCUACAGCACCACCAACAAAGGCAGAUCUACAAUCAAGUGUUUCCUCUACAACCACCAGCAGAAGCAAGAAUCCACAAUCAAGUGUUUUCCUCUACAAGCACCACACCAGCAAGCACCACCAGCAGGUAGAUCUACAAUCAGGGUGUUUUCCUCUACAUCACCACCAGCAAGGCAGUCUACAAUCCGUGUUUCAUCUAGCACCACCAGCAAAGGCAGUUCUACAAUCAAGUGUUUCCUCUACAUCACCACCAGCAAGGCAGUUCUUCCAAUCAAGUGUUUCUCUACCAGCACCACCAGCAGCACCACCAACGAGAGCAGAUCUACAAUCAGAAGUGUUUCUCCUACAGCACCACCAAAGCUGAGAGCAGAUCUCUACAAUCCAAGUGUUCAUCUACAGCACCACCAGCAAGGCAGAUCUACAAUCAAGUGUUUCAUCUACAGCACCACCGACCGCAAGAGCAGAUCACCACAAUCAAGUGUUUCAUCUACAGCACCACCAGCAAAGCACCACCAGCAAGAGAGCAGUUCUGCAAUCAAGUGUUUCCUCUACCGGCACACCAACGAGCAGUUCUACAAUCAAGUGUUUUUCUCUACAGCACCACAGCAAGGCAGAUCUGCAAUCAAGUGUUUCUCUACAGCACCACCAGCAAGGCAGUUCUACACAAAACUGAGUCUACAAUCAGUGUUUCCUCUACGCUUCACCACCAGCAAAGGCAGUUCUAAUCAAAUAUUUCUCUACAACACCACCAGCAAGGCAGAUCUACAAUCCAAGUGUUUCCUCUGCAGCACCAUCAGCAAAGGCAGUUCUACAAUCAAGUGUUUCCUCUACAUCCACCCACCAGCAAAGGCAAUUUCUACAAUCAAGUGUUUCACUCUACAACACCACCAGCAAGGCAAAGAUCUACAAUCAGAUGUUUUACCUCUACAACACCACCAGCAAAGGCAGUUCUACAAUCUAAGUGUUUCCUCUACAGCACCAUCAGCAAAGGCAGAUCUACAAUCAAGUGUUCCUCUACAGCACCAUCGCUUAGAGCAGUUCUACAAUCAAGUGUUUCUCUCAUCACCCGCGAGCAAGAGCAGUUCUGCAAUCAAGUGUGUUUCCUCCUACAGCACCAUCAGCAAAACGGUUCUACAAUCAAGUGUUUCCUCUGCAUCUACCACAAGCAAGCAGUUUCACCACCCACCACCAACAAGGCAGAUCUACAAUCAAAGUGUUCCUCUAAACACCACCAGCAAAACGGAGUCUCAAGUGUUUUCCUCUACAGCACCGGCAGGCAGGUCCCCAAUCAGUGACUUCUCUACAACACCACCAGCAAGGCAGAUCUACAGUCAGUGUUUCCUCUACACCACCAGCAAGGCAGUUCUACAAUCAGAAGUGUUUCUCUACAACACCACCAGCAAGGCAGAUCUACAAUCAAGUGUUUCCUCCACAUCUACCAGCAAGCAGGGUUCCUACCGCUCAGAGUGUUUCUCUACAACACCACCAGCAAGGCAGUUCUACAAUCAGUGUUUCUCCUACGGCACCACCAGCAAAGGCAGAUCUGCAAUCAGUGUUUCUCUACAACACCUGCCUUAA